AUGGGACAGGAGAAGGCAGUUAGCAGCAGUGUAGUCAAUGGCCUGGAGGUCAGCACUAAAAACAUCCUGCAGGACCUGUGCAAACAAAACCAUGCCUGGGAUAAAGACCUACCAGAGCACCAUGUGCAGAUGUGGCAGGAGUGGCUGACUGGACUGAGACACAUUGGAGAGCUUGCAGUCACCAGGUGCAUGAAGCCUGCGCAGUUUGGGAACAGAGGAGAGAAGAGGGGAAGAGGUAGAAGUGGAGUUGAGGGGGCAGCUGCAGCUAUCCAUUCCAUGACGUAUUUCUAUACAUCAUCAGAGGGAAUCUCAAAUUUCCCAGAGUUCAUCUGUGUAGGGGAAGUUGACGGCAUACAGAUCAGUUACUAUGACAGUGAAAUAAAGGAGGCAGUCCCCAAACAGGAUUGGAUGGAAUUUAAGCCAGACUACUGGAGAGGAGAGACCCACGCAGCCUUAGGAUAUAUGUAUGCUUUCAAAGCAGACUUGGAUAUUUUAAAACACCGCUUUAAUCACACUAAAAGGGUACAUACCGUUCAGAAGGAGUAUGGCUGCGUGUGGGAUGAUAAGGCUGGAGUCACUGGUGGCUUUGAAAGGUUUGCAUAUGAUGGGGAGGACUUCAUGGCACUAGAACUGGACAAUCUGAGAUGGAUAGCAGCCAAGUCACAGGCAUCUACUACCAUAGUCAAGUGGAACAGUGAUGCGUCGGACCUUAAAUACAGGAAACAUUAUUUCCAGAUUUGUGCUGAGUGGCUGAAGAAGUAUGUUAGCAAAGGACAGCAUGCUCUGAAACGUAGAGUUCCUCCAGAGGUGUCUGUAUUCAAGAAGGAUUCUGAGGUAGUGUGCCUUGCUACAGGCUUUUAUCCGGCAGUGAUGAUCAUGUGGUUGGAGGAUGGAGUGGAGGUGGAGGACGAUGUGGAUGUGGGAGAGACGCUGCCCAAUGUAGAUGGAACCUUCCAGAAGCGAGUUGUUCUCACUGUCCCACCUGAGGAGAGGAAGAAGGCCCAGUACUCCUGUGAGAUCACACACAUGAGCAGAGCAGAGCCCGUUAAUAUGAUUCUGCACAGCGCUGAGCUGAACCGCAAUGGCAAUGGGGACUCUGGCAUUGGCAUGAUCAUUGGCGUCAUUGCUGCUGUUCUCGUGGGACUUAUUGUUGGCAUUGUUGUCAUAGUUAUGAAGAAGAAGGCUGGGAAGGAGUAUGACAAGGUUUCAUGCCAGGACACCAGUUCUGACAUCUCCAACCCCAUUAACCCAGAGCAGAUAGCUUUCAUCUCUUAA